CAAUGACAAUAAAAUGAACACCUCUCUAUCUUCUACUUAAAAAUAAUGAAAUUUAAGGUAACGUUAGGUAUACAGUACUGAUCCCCGACCCCCCCAAAACACCACACACACACAGAGGCUCGAGGGUCGUGUGUUGAGCCUCAUAAGCCUGUGGCAGCGCUGGAGCAGAGCGGAAACCCCUCCCGAGUCCCAACUCAACUCCUCCAACCCCAGUCAAAGAAAAGAGGAAUACCGAGGAAUCAGGAAACACGGACAAAUACCACAAUACACUUUACAGAAAAGGCCAGGCAGCAUUAGCAGGGCAGCGCUAGCAGCGGCUAACGUCCCACCAGCACAGGAAAGCCAAUGAACAUGUUCACAGUAACAAUGCAGACCUGAGCAGCACACUCCAUUGAACGAGAGAGAGUGCGCGUGCCUUGCAAGCAAGAUGGGGUUCGGCCAGGACCUACGCAACUCCCACGAGGGUCUGGUGAAGCUGCAGGACUGGGAGCUGAAGCUGCUGGAGACGGUGAAGCGCUUCAUGACCCUGCGGGUGAAGAGCGAUAAGGAAUAUGCAUCGCUCCUGCUCAACAUCAGUCAGCAGGUGGACAAGCAUGACAACUCCUCUCAGAUCCACUACAUCAGUACAGUCUCCAAGUCGUGGACUCACAUGGUUCAGCAGACGGAGCAGUUGAGCAAGAUUAUGAAGUGCCACGCUGAGGAGCUCAACUCAGGGCCUCUCCACCGCCUCACAAUGAUGAUCAAAGACAAGCAGCAGGUGAAGAAGAGUUACCAAAGCCUCCACCAGCAGAUCGAGUCUGAGAUGCACAAGGUAACUAAAAGCGAUCUUGAGAAGUUGAAAUGCACCUACAGGCAGUUAACUAAGGAUGCUGUGUUAGCAAGAGACAAAUACAAGGAGGCUGUUGUAAAAGGCAAAGAGACUGAAAAAGCCCGUGAGCGUUACGACAAAGCCACCAUGAAGCUGCAUAACCUGCACAACCAGUAUGUGCUAGCGGUGAAAAGUGCACGGCUGCAUCAGGAGCACUAUCAUGAGACCGCACUGCCUCUGCUGCUGGACUCCCUGCAGAAGAUGCAGGAGGAGAUGAUCAGUGCACUUAAGGGGAUUCUGGAGGAGUACAGUGAAAUCACCAGCCUGUUAACAGAUGAAAUAGUGAAGGUCCACAAAGAAAUACACACUUCCAUCGACCAAAUCGAUCCACUGUCAGAGUAUGACAACUUCAUCGAAGUUCAUAAAUCACCAGAAGCCAAAGAAGCAAAUGUAGAAUUUGAUGCAACGCUAUUAGAAGAAACGGAGAAUCUUCAAGCAAAUGAGAUUCUGUGGAAUAAUUUGACAGCAGACAGUUUACAAGCAAUGCUGAAGUCCACCUCAGAGGAGCUGCUCCUAACCCAGCAGAGUCUGCGCAGCAAAGAGGAUCUCAUGCUGGACCUGGAGAACAAACUAGAGGAAUCUACCAAAACCUAUGAGCAGAAAUCAGAUGUGGUGUUGUUACUCAGUCAGAAGCAGUCUCUGGAGGAGUUGAGACAGACGGUCCAGCUGCUGCGCUGUUCAGAGGCCAAACUAAUGGCACAGAGAGAACUACUAGAACAGAAGAUGCAAGAAAAUGAGGGCAAAGAACCACCGCCUGUCGUCAAUUAUGAAGAGGAUGCCCGCUCAGUCAACUCAAUGGAUAAAAGCAAAGACAAGGUAUCGAAGUUUGACACCCUCAGACACUCCAUCGCUGGAAUCAUCCGCUCGCCCAAGUCUGUACUGGGCUCUUCAUCAUUUUUUGAUGUGAUACCCACUAGUGAAAAACCGCUGGGCGAGCAAGAGUGGUAUCAUGGUGCCAUUCCCAGGACAGAGGCCCAGGAGCUGCUGAAGCAGCAGGGAGACUUCCUGGUGCGCGAGAGCCACGGCAAACCUGGAGAAUAUGUGCUGUCUGUGUUCUCAGAUGGCCAGCGCAGACAUUUCAUCAUUCAGUUUGCUGAAAAUCAGUACAGAUUUGAAGGCACUGGCUUCCCCACCAUCCCACAGCUCAUAGAGCAUCAUUACACAACUAAGCAAGUCAUCACCAAGAAAUCUGGGGUCGUGCUCCUGAACCCUGUCAUAAAGGAUAAGAAAUGGAUUCUCAAUCAUGAGGACGUCAUUCUUGGAGAACUCCUUGGGAAAGGAAAUUUUGGUGAGGUUUUUAGAGGAACGCUGCGAGAUAAAACCCUGGUGGCCGUGAAAACUUGUAAGGAAGAUCUACCACAAGACCUCAAGAUAAAGUUCCUCUCAGAAGCCAGGAUCCUGAAGCAGUAUGAUCACCCCAACAUUGUGAAGUUAAUAGGCGUCUGUACCCAACGGCAGCCCAUUUACAUAGUAAUGGAGCUCGUACCAGGCGGGGACUUUUUAUCAUUCUUAAGAAAGAAAAAAGAGGACCUCAAGACAAAGCAACUGGUAAAGUUUGCAUUAGACGCUGCUGCCGGAAUGGCAUACCUGGAGCUAAAGAACUGUAUACACAGAGAUCUGGCUGCUCGCAACUGCCUUGUGGGAGAGAACAAUGUGCUGAAGAUCAGUGAUUUUGGGAUGUCCCGCCAGGAGGACAAUGGCAUCUACUCCUCAUCAGGACUGAAACAGAUCCCAAUCAAGUGGACUGCACCGGAAGCACUGAACUAUGGGAGAUACAGCUCAGAGAGUGAUGUGUGGAGUUAUGGGAUCCUCCUGUGGGAAACCUUCAGUCUAGGAGUGUGUCCUUACCCAUGCAUGACCAACCAGCAGGCACGAGAACAGGUCGAAAAAGGUUGCAGAAUGUCCUGCCCGCAGAAGUGUCCAGAUGAGGUGUACAGGAUCAUGCAGAGAUGUUGGGAGUACAAGCCUGAGAAUCGACCCAAAUUUGUCGACAUUCAGAAAGAACUGGCCUCUGUCAAGAAAAAAUAGCCUUUAAUGAGGAAAUGGCUGGAAGGCCAAACUCAUACUUCACAUCCAGGUGAUCCCUAAUCUGCAGAGAGAAACGCAAUGAAUGUUUCGCCCUCGAAAUGACAUGCUAUUAUUGUACUAAAGAGUACUCCGUCACAUUAUCACUGUGUGAACUGCCUAUGCACCAGCUGUUUUGAGCCAUUAGCAUGGAGAGAGGUCUCAGCUUUGCUCUGAUGUCAAAAUUAUGCAGAUUUCCCCCCACAAGGGGGGUUGUUCACCCAAAAAUGAAAUUCUGUCAUCAUUUGCUCACCCUUAUGUAGUUCCAAAACGGCAGAACGUUUCGUUCUUCUCUGAAAUAUUUUGAUUUUGAAAAGUGUUUUUGGUCCAAUCAUUGAGGGUUAGUUGGGUCCAAUGUGUUUUAUACUCGAUUCACUUUCAUUAUAUAGACAAAACAUUCUUCAAAAUGUGUCCUCCAGAGGAAAGAAAAAGUCAUGCUGGUUUGGAAGGACGUGGGUGAAUAAAUGAUGACAAACUAUCCCUUUACAAUAUGGAAAUUAAUGUGUGAAGAUGGACUGUUUUUGUCCACCCAAUAACAAUAUUGCGCAUUCUUUUUUUUUUAAGUCCUAAAACCUAAUGGUUUGGGGAGUUUUACAGUCAAGCCAUUUUAUGCCAUUUUUAUGUUACUGGAGUAAUAGGACCUUUUGUGUGGGGAAAAAAAAGACAUGUUUGUCAGUCACAAAAUAACACGUCACAUCCUUAAGACGUUCAUUGAGUGACGUUCCAGCGUUUCAGCACUCAAGCAAUGAGACCAAAUGCAUAGAUUUACCUAAGUGCAAUUUAGAACAACAAAAAUAGUACAGUAUACUACAGUCAGGUGGCCUUGAUGUAAAAUCCAGCGAUUCUGCCAGGCUGCUUGCAUGGACGCAUCAAUCUAGUUUGCAGAUUUCUUCCAAGUCUCCAAAUACUUCAACCUCACACCUCUUCAUGGUUUAUGCCAUUUGAUGUUUAAAGUGAUAGUUCAGAAUAAAAAUUAAAAAAAAGUCAACUGUUAUAAUUUGCUCACCCCCAUGCCUUUCCGAUUGCUUUAUGAUUUGAGUUUCUUCAGUAGAACACAAAAGAAGAAAUUUACUAUAAUGUUCAUGCUGCUCUUUUCCAUACCGGAGCCCUUGCGCUUCAAAAAGCACCAGAAAAUAUCAUAAAAGUGGUCUAUAGGUCAAAUCUGCUAAGGACAUAAGUUGUCGUUCACUGAAAAUCUUUCGCUCCACUGUAGCUCUCAGUUCUCGUUUGUGGUUUGUACAUAUUUAGAUACAUAAUUCGAAGGUGCGACAACACUUUUAAUGAUGCCGAAAACCCAUUCAUUGUCACAAGUAAAUAUGAUGCAUCAAAUUAAAAUGUGGAAGAUUUUCGGUGAAUAACUUAAAUGUAAUUUCUUUCUGUCACACAGAGCGACACAUGUCAUGUCAAAGAGACUGCUUUUCUGAUACUUUUUGUAGCUUGACUAGUAACUUUCAAUGUAUGUAAAAGAGCAGAUUGCCUUCAAAACAUCAGUUAGAAACAAAGAAAAUCAUACUAAUUUUGACAGUUGAAAAUGAGUAGUUAAUCUCUUUACAUUUACAAUGUUGCCAUGUAGCAUAUUAGACGUCACCAAAAGCUCUGUCCAAAACUGACUGUGUUUUGUUAUGUUGGGGGAUCUCUGUUUUUUUUUUUCUUCUUUUAACCAGCAACCAAAGCCAGUCAAAAGCAUGUUUAUUUGGAUCUAUGCCAUUGUCUUGGAUUGUGAUGAUGUUCUUGUGGUUUGUGCUAUUUUACGAUCAGGUUUUCUCAAGCAAACAACCCUCGAGUCCUAAUAGAUGCAUUUACCUACAGAAGCAUUACAGGUUUGGUUAGAAAAUGAUGUGUUUUGUAUUAAGAAUUUCCCAGGUUGUUUCCUGCCAUUUUUGUCAAGUGCCAUUUUCUUUCCAUGCUUAUGUACCCGAGCUCCACAGUAGCAACAUCUUGUUCCCGAGUCACAUACAUUUGUCAUUCCAUUUCCACAAAAAUGGAAUAGUGGUUUCUUCAAGGUUUACUCUAUCAAAGCAUUCCUUUUGUAUUUUGUAAAUACUACUUUGUAGAUUCAGUAAUGUAAUUUUUUAGGUGUUUGGUUUUUUCACUGCAAAACUAAUAGUAGAAUGUGGAUGUCUGUCAGGAAUAUGCAUCAACUUUCAGCUAUAAUAGUAACGAUGAA